CGUUUGACGUGCGACGUGUUCCCGCCCUGCCUUUCGCCGCUGUUCGGUGGCGGGAACUCAGGCUGCUUGCUGACGGCGGCUACCGUAAGGGUUUCCCCCCGCCAUUCUGGCGGCUCGGGGCUUCCUGGGCCUGAGAGUCUCCGCUUGGGGAACGGGGCUAAGACUUCGCGACCACCUCGUCCUUUCCCUGCUGCGGAAACCUCAGGAACGAGCCGGUGGCGUCCUAGCUCUCAAGACGUGCAGCUAAAAGGCCCAGGCAGUGCCGGAGGACACACGCGGGGAGCCGGGGAGAACAGGGUGAAGUAACCAUGCAGGCAUUUCUAAAAGGCACAUCUAUCAGCAGUAAACCACCAUUGACUAAGGAUCGAGGAGUAGCUGCCACUGCCAGAAGUAGUGGAGAGAACAAGAAAGCUAAACCUGUUCCGUGGGUGGAAAAAUAUCGCCCAAAAUAUGUGGAUGAAGUUGCUUUCCAGGAAGAAGUGGUUGCAGUGCUUAAAAAGUCUUUAGAAGGAGCUGAUCUCCCUAAUCUCUUGUUUUACGGCCCACCUGGAACUGGAAAAACAUCCACUAUUUUGGCAGCAGCUAGGGAACUCUUUGGGCCUGAACUUUUUCGAUUAAGAGUUCUUGAGUUAAAUGCAUCUGAUGAACGUGGAAUACAAGUAGUUAGAGAGAAAGUGAAGAAUUUUGCCCAAUUAACUGUGACAGGAAGCCGUUCAGAUGGGAAGCCAUGUCCUCCUUUUAAAAUUGUGAUCCUGGAUGAAGCAGAUUCUAUGACCUCAGCUGCUCAGGCAGCUUUAAGACGUACCAUGGAGAAAGAGUCUAAAACCACCCGAUUCUGUCUCAUCUGUAACUAUGUCAGUCGAAUAAUUGAACCUCUGACCUCUAGAUGUUCUAAAUUCCGCUUCAAACCUCUGUCAGAUAAAAUUCAAGAGCAGCGAUUACUAGACAUCGCUGAUAAAGAACAUAUCAAAAUUAGCAAUGAGGGACUAGCUCAUCUUGUUAAAGUGUCAGAAGGAGACUUAAGGAAAGCCAUUACAUUUCUUCAAAGUGCUACUCGAUUAACAGGUGGAAAGGAGGUCACAGAAAAGGUGAUCACAGACAUUGCUGGGGUAAUACCAGCUGAAACAAUUGAUGGAGUAUUUGCUGCAUGUCAGAGUGGCUCUUUUGACAAACUAGAAGCUGUGGUAAAGGACUUAAUAGAUGAGGGUCAUGCAGCAACUCAGCUUGUAAAUCAACUUCAUGAUGGGGUUGUAGAAAAUGAUAACCUUUCUGAUAAACAGAAAUCUGUUAUUACAGAAAAACUUGCUGAAGUUGAUAAAUGUUUAGCAGAUGGUGCUGAUGAACAUCUACAGCUGAUCGGCCUCUGCGCAACUGUCAUGCAGCAGUUAACUCAGAAUUGUUAAAACAUAUUCAGCAUGUAUUUUUGUGAACAAUUUAAAAUAAAAUGACUAAAGCACCUUUAAA